AUGUCCCAGACAACAUAAAAGAAGCGGAAUACCUUGCUCAGAUGUUAACAGAGGCCAUCAGUGGUGGGGACAAAGCAGAGGCCAUGAGAUGUGCGGAGAAACUGGCUGGAUUGAAUUUGCCUGUAUCUGUGAAGCUUUGUCCGAAUGCCUACUCUCAAGAUUCCAUUCAGUUGAAAGUUGGCGUAGGGGAUGCACAAUCAGACACUUACAUUCCCAUCACCAUAAUGGUAACUGUUGACAUGACCAUAUCUGAACUGAAAGAAAAAGUCAAUAAUGACUACGGCUUCCAUCCAGUGUUGCAGAAAUGGGUGAUAGGGAAGCGUCUGGCUCAGGACAUAGACACUCUGUUUGGGCAUGGGAUAAGUAAAAAUGGUGACCACGCUUUCCUCUACAUCAAAUCAGCCAAGGCAGCAAACUUCAGCCGAGAGCAACAGAGAGUGGAAAAGGAGAACCGGAGAAUAGAAGGAAUUAUAGAGAACAUAGAGGUGUAUUCAUUACAAGGCAGAGGUGCAGGAAAUUUGGAAGCACAAAGGAAGCAGGUCAGGCCCGAUGUCACAGUACUUCCACCACCUAUUCCACCAAAGACUCAGGGGUGGCCAUGUCCACAGUGCACCUUUGUAAAUAAGCCUACCCGUCCUGGCUGUGAGAUCUGUGGAGAGGGGAGACCAGGACAUUACAAGGUACCAGAGACAUACCAGCCUGAUGAACAGGAGAUCCAUCGUCUGCAGCAGGAGGAGUUGGCCCACAUGCAGUACCAACAGGCUUUGGAGGAAGAGCGGCGAAGGAAUUUCAACAUGCUCAUGGAGACUGACUCUGAGAGUCUGGUAAAGAACUCUGAGGAAAUUGAUUGCACAAUCUGCUACUGCCCAGUUGUGCCAGGAGAGGGUGCCACACUCAGAGAGUGCUUACAUAGCUUCUGCAGAGAUUGCCUGAAAGGAACCAUUGUGAACUGUGUGGAUGCAGAAGUGACAUGUCCAUAUGCUGAUGCGACAUACUCUUGUAACUCCAAGCUUCAAGACAGAGAAAUACGAUCACUUCUGUCUCAGGAGGAGUAUGAGAAAUUUUUGGAGAUGAGGCUAAGCAUUGCUGAAUCUCGCAGUGAGAAUAGUUAUCACUGCAAAACCCCCGACUGUGUAGGCUGGUGCAUCUUUGAGGAUGAUGUGAAUGAGUUUACAUGUGACAUCUGUAAUGAGACAAACUGCCUCCUCUGUAAGGCUAUUCACAAAGGAAUGAAUUGCAAAGAGUACCAGGAUGACAUCCGUACCAGAGCUGAGAAUGACCUUGCUGCCAAACAGACAGCAGACAUGCUGCAGGCCAUGCUGCAGAAUGGGGAGGCCAUGCAUUGUCCUAAGUGUAAGGUUAUUGUGCAGAAGAAGGAUGGCUGUGAUUGGAUCUGCUGCUUGAUGUGCAAAACUGAGAUCUGUUGGGUGACUAAACAGGCACGCUGGGGCCCCCAGGGUGCUGGAGACACGUCAGGAGGCUGCAGAUGUAGGGUUAAUGGGGUUCCAUGUCAUCCGAACUGCCAGAACUGUCACUGA